CUACAAAGCCAUUCAAAAUGACGCAAAGUUUUUGAAUCGCUCGCUUAACUGAUUAUGGUUGUGAAAAUAUAUGAAGAGAGAGAGGAAAAAAGAAAAACUCUAACGGAAGGAUUUUACAUCUAGCCAGUAACCAUUUAUGCUUCCCUAAUAGUUGUAACAAAUGAACUCUUCUGUAGAUCGAUAAUUGCUCUUGCACUACACAAAUUAAUGUAAAUUAAUGUUAUUUAACAGGUAUAUACAAAUAUUUUCAUAUCAGUAUCUUAUUAGAGUAACUUAACUUAUUUGGACAACAGUUCGUAGUGUUUGCGAUAUAAGCAUUAGAAGUGUGUUAUCUAAGAAAACAAAUGAAAGUGUAAAUGGCGCGCCUCUUAAAUAACCCGAAAGUUGAUUUAGUCGAAAAGUGUUAAAACAAGUGCAAAUAUGUUGAUUUCAAAUUGAUUGCAAAUUCUCAAGCAUAUAUAUUGCAAAAAGAUAGCGCUAAUGAUCUUGUUGGACAUUGAACUGCUUUAAGCAAACUUCAAUUCGUCUUUAUGCGCAUAUCACUAAUUUGAAAUGAUGAGUUAUCAGAAGGGAAAAUCACGCCAUUUUACGGUGAACGGUCUGAGCGCUAAUAACACGCUUCAGCAGCAACAGUAUAACCUGCAACAGCAGCAGCAGCUGCAGCCAGCGACUGACACACGCAACAUCUACAACAAUCCUUACAACCCACAGCCCCAACAACAGCAACCACAACAACAACAACAACAACAGCAGCAACAACAACAACAACGCACCGCACACCUAUUUAAAGCGCUGGCUGCCUCUGCUGCUGUAAGCGGUAACAAUAGCUUGAACCAUCCGUACGACUUCUCUAACUCAUCCUCAUCGUCGAAUGCCAACAACGAGCAGCAAGGAUCAUCAUCAUCGGAAGCCGAUAAUGCGUUUCUAACUCAUAAUAACGCUCGAGCAAUUAAAAGGAAAACUUUGGAGCCUUAA